AUGUUUACUGACAUGUCGGGCUGGCAAUUUGUUCUUGGGGCGCUCAGAAACCCGGACCACACAGCGGAGGUCGGUCGUUUCCUGUUGAGAGUAUUGGAUGAGCCAGACAAGCUCCAUCAGCAUAUACGGAAAGAUGCUGGAGCUAUCGUCUUGAAAAUAGGCUACGGGUAUACUAUUGAGCCCCAUGCUCGGGAUCCUCUUGUGGAUCUGGCCGACAAGGCGAUGGAGGACUUUUCAUAUGCCUUGCUUCCAGCAACGUGGGCGGUGGAGUUUAUUCCAAUUAUGAGAUAUCUCCCGACCUGGUUUCCUGGAGCACGAUUCGUGAAGAUCGCUCAAAACUACAACUUGAGAGCAAAGUCGUUUAGUGAUGUUCCGUACGCAUUUACCAAGCAGCAGAUAAGUAAUGGCCGCUUUGUUCCAUCUUUCUUGUCCAAUCUUCUUCAAAACAAUCCUGUGGAGCCUGGGACCGAAGAGGAAGAGAUCAUCAAGUGGUCAGCCGGGUCUUUGUACGCCGGAGGCGCAGAUACAACUGUCUCCUCUAUUGCGAGUUUCUUCCUCGCAAUGGCCCUUUUUCCAGAGGCGCAACGCAAGGCUCAGGAGGAACUCGACACAGUGCUUGGGGGCAAUCAAUUACCCCAGUUCCGAGAUCGAGAGAACCUUCCAUAUAUGGAUGCACUAGUCAAGGAAGUUCUCCGAUGGCAUCCGGUUGUACCCAUGAGUGUCGCACACACGUCGAACCAGGACGAUACUUGCGAGGGGUACUUCAUUCCCAAGGGAUCGUCUGUUCUUGCAAACAUAUGGGGAUUUACACACGAUCCAACUGUCUAUCAUGACCCAAUGACCUUUAAACCGGAGCGCUUUUUAAUCUCCCCCGAGGGCAAACUCCCAGAGCGCGAUCCUCACAUGCUUGUGUUCGGGUUUGGCCGUCGAGCCUGUCCUGGGCGGACUCUGGCAGACGCGAAUGUCUUUCUCACUGUUGCUCAGGCUCUGUCUGUCUUCAGUAUCUCGAAACCGAUAGAACACGGGGUCACCCAGGAUAUCCCUCUAAAGUUUCUCCCCGGAGUCAUUAGCCAUCCGGCUCCGUUCAAGGUUUCAAUCCAGCCGCGAAGUGCGGUACAUGAACAACUCAUCCGAGAGCUCGAACAGCAUUAUCCUUGGGAGAAGAGUGAUGCUGAAUUUAUCCCGAGUGUGUAG